GGUAUGGGCGCUGUUUCCAGCCUCCGCCGUUAGCGCACACGCCGCUUCAGCACGCCUUUCAGCUCAGCCGGCAACGACGUCGGCCACUGCUGUGCACUCUCGAGGCUUCGUCCAGCCCACUCCCUUGACCCGAGAGAGAGAACCGCGGGUGUCCAGCAGUCCGAGAGAGAGGCGGUUUUCCCCGCCUGGCUCCGUUUGGGAAGAGCAGCGCCGUUGCUAUUGGCUUUGCGAGAGGCGCUGUCGCUAGGGCGGCAGCUUGGCGAGGUGGUUUCAAGCGGAGCCGGGGCUGCGCUCCCUGUAACCAAGGAACGGGCGCCUGCAUAGGCGACGCGCGGCUCUUCCCGCCGCGUCCUCUUCGCUGCGCGCCAGCCCGCGCGUUCCGGCUUCAACCUUCACGGAGGAGGGAGAGAUGGCGGGGUUUUCUUGCCCCAUGGUUCGAGCUCGGCUCUAAUAGGGGACAGGGCGUCCAGGUAGUUCAGGACCGGUGCCGCUCGUCGGACCUCAGGCUUUUCCCUACCACAGUCCCCGCCCUGCCCUGCUGUUCCCAACCUGCUCGUUCUGCUGGAGCGCUGGGAAAAGGAUAGCCGGAAUCGCCGGAGAAGCAGCACGCGAACACCUGCCUCGAUCUCCGGCAAGCUGAUGGCGUCUCGCCAGCAAAACAGAAUUCAAGCCUACCUGGAAAGGAACAAGAUCGGGCCCCUGUUCGAGAUAUUCUUCCAAUGCCCUUGUUUCUUCUUCAGCUAUCUGAUGUACUUGUAACAUUUCAUGACCACCUAUGUUCCUUGAAUACAAAAAAACAAGAAAUAGCAUUGCUUUCAAGAAGAACGCAACAAGGACAACAUGAACUGAUGACCAAGCUAAUAACAGAAACUCCUGAACAUCCAAUUCCAUUUCUCAUUGACCAUCUUCAGGCCAAACAAGGGAGCCAUGGUCACAUUCAGAGAACAUUGUCUGGAUCUGCUGCUCUCUGGGCAGAGAGUGAAGCUUCAGAACAUAAGGGAGCCAGAAGGGAUUUCAGAAAUUAUGAUAAACCCUGGAAGACAAAUGCAAAGAAACCUAAAAAAUCAAAAAGUGACCUUGCAGUAUCCAGCAUUUCUCCUCCAUCACCAGAAUCUAAAUCAUUGCCACGAUCAGUAGGACAUCUGAAAUGUGAUUGGAAGUCAAAGUCAGAGCAUCAUGAUUUUGAUGAAUUAAAUCAUAUCCUUCAAGAAAGUAAGAAACUUGGCAAAGCUCUUGAAAAUCUUUCUCAAAGCAUUGCAAUUUCCGAUGAGCUCAAUAAGGAAACAGCAGCCUUUAACACUUCACUUCUUCGGCCUCGGGUAGUUGGAGAAUGGAUAGGACGUGAAGAAAAUGAUGCAGAUCCACUGGCUGAUGAAAUGUUGCAGCCUCCAGUACCAAGAAGCAAAAUUGAACAGUGGGACAGUGAAGAUAGUAGCAGUCCUGGAGGAAGUUUAAAGAUGAAACCGAAGACUAAAGGACUGAAACAUCAGCAGCAACAACAUAAAAAAUUGUUGGCUGCUAUGCUUUCACAAGAUUCAUUUGAUUCUCUACCCAGCACAACCCCUUCAGUAACAGAAGAAGAUAUUGAUAAUGAAGAUGAUGCCAUGGAACUGUUGGAAGAUCUUGAUGAUUUAAGAAUGGAAGGAGUAACCAGUGUGGUGUCUACUGGAAGCAAAUUUAACCAAACUCGAAGUUCACAUACAGCUGAACCACAAGCCAAAGUCACCCUGAACAUCUGUGCAAGAUGUGCCAGAUUGCAAGGAGAUACUUUGAUAGAAAAUGCAGAGGAUCCAUCUGUUGUCUCUCAUACAUUUGAGCAAGAAGGACCAGAAUCUGUUGUAUCAGAGCCUGGGACAGAAAUAUUAAUGGAGAGUAUUGAUGAAUUGGAGAAUAUAACCCAAGCAACUGAGCGGAAUCAGCCAGCCUGGGCUCUAGACAUUAUGGGUUCAAGAAGUAGAGACUCUUCAAGUCAGAAACUAUUAGAAGAUUCACUGGCUGCAAAAGAACUACAAACUAUGGAAAAACACCUAUCUGACAUUGCAAAAGACCUAGCGCUGUGGGAAGAAGGAAGAUUAUCAAGAAAUACCACUGGACAAUCAAGUCAUGUAAUUCCACUAGAUCACCAAGGAAAUUUUAAAAUAACUGUUAGCCAGGAUUCAGGACCAGUUCAGAGUGGGAAAGCUAUUCAGCUCCAGCUUCAAAGAAACAAAUCACCACCAUUAUCCAGCAACAAUAGCCUGCUAGUCUCCAGUGUUACAAACAGUAGACCUCAGUCUUCCAAUACACAGACCAGCAGAUCUUCUGGGCUGCCAACUCCACUAAACAGAUCUGCCACCCCAAAUACUUUGUUACAAAGACCUGUUUCCCCUAACAACCAAGGAAACGAAGGAACCAUUAGUAUGCAAAGAAGCCAGUCUUUAAUAUCAAAGAAUCAACUCGGAAGGACCAUCACCAGUCCUGCAGGGCAUCUUGAAACAACUGGAGUUACUCUAGGAAAUAUUACUCAAAGAAGCAGUAUGUCUGAAGAUGACUUCCUACAACAACUUCAGCUUGCUCACCAGCCAUGGAUUUUGCCAGCUGAUACUGAAAGUGAAGAAGCAGAAGCAAAUCAAGAUAAAUGCUUGUGAAUGAAAUUGUGGAUGCAAUGAAGAACAAUUUAUUCCAAGUACAUAACUUGCAGAUAACUAGCUAUUUUCAUUUAUUGUGCAUAAUAGAAGCUUAAUUUUAUAAAUGCAACAUGUGGUGGAAUUAUUGUAAAGUGUGGAUGCUACAAAUGUACCAAACUCCAGAUCUUAUCACAGUAACAGCGGCCAUAGGUAAAGAUGAUUAAGAGUCAUUUUUAAUGCAUUUCUAAUAAAAUUCACUUUGUUUAAUUUAUAUCUCUCUUCUUUUAGAUUGACAUUUGCUAUAUUCAGCUUUGCCUGGUAAAAAACACACCUCAAAAAUUUUCUGCAUUUCAGAUUUUUUAUUCCUCAUAUUUUUAUAACCUUGUCUCAUUUUUAUUCAGCGAAAUGUUAUUUCAUUUGACCACAUCUUUAGUGUGUGUGUGUGUGUGUGUGUGUGCGUGUGUGUGUUUGUGUAGCCCAGCCAAUAGGAUUACUGUUGAAAGGAUUGGAAAAUGAGUUAUAUAUGCUACCGUACUAAGAACCUCUAUAGAUAGAGCUCAGGUAAACGGACAGUUGUUCAUUGUAAUAAAUUUAGAAAUGAAUGAACAAUUAAUUUGUGGAUGGUGUUUAUAUGCAUGUGUGUAUUUAUUCAAGCAUAAUUUACUGGAAUUAGCAGUUUCACAUUGUUACACAAAAGCUUUUACUUAGUGAAUUAUGUGGAAUAAUUAAUGCAUGCAUAAGUAAAAUAUUUUAAUUUCAAAUAUAUUAUUUAUUCAAAUCUUUACUGCUUUAAACAUUUGAUAACAUAACUGUACAUUUUAUGUUUGAAACAAACAUUUGAAGCAGAUUGCUUUGGACUGACUUAUGAAAUUUGUCCCAGGAGUUAUGAAUGAUGACAUAUGCAGUAUUCAUUUACUUAUUUCAACUGCGAGUGGAGGUGUGCUGCAUUUAAUUCAAUGGCUUUUAUUCCUGAAUGGUGUGCAUAAGAUUGUGUUGUUAUUCAGUUAGACAUGUGUUAGCUUUCUUUUCUUUUUGAUUUCAGCUUCUGAAUCACAUACUUACUACUGUUACAAUAGUUAUACGUAUCAAAAUUAUAAUGAAUAAAGCCAAAUUUCCUAUCACAAA